UGUCAAAUAAACUAACAAACUUAACAAAGCGCUCGUCUGUUUUUGCGCGAUGUAUAUAUAUUUUUUAUUAAUGAAAAAAUAUUCCUACCUCCUUUAAAAUGCCGAAAGCAGCGCGGAAGAUGCUUCAAAAUGGAUACUCUCACGAUGAACCUGAUCGGAUACCGAAUAACAUCACAAUUACAAACUUAGACAUUAUUAUGUAUGUUGUGGCUAUCGUGGGUCAUUUUGUGGAUUUGGGGCUGGACAUAAAUGUAGCAGUGAGGUAUUCUAUAUCAAGAAGGAUGAUGGAGUUUGGAUGGACACUUGCGUUUAUUCUUUUCCCAGCAUUUGUUAAUACAGCGGUCUCCAUAAGAAUGUAUUCACAGGACAAGCAACAAGAUUCAAUAUCGAAUGAGUUUACAAAAAGACGAUGGCUGAGGAUUUUCAUACUUGUAUUACAAAUGGCUCCCAUUUUAAGAUUCGCCGAUGCCUUGAUCUAUGCGAUCAAGUCGAGACGGGCUGAACGAAAGAAGGACCCAACGUCACAGCGCGUGUAUUACGGCCUGAUGCUCAAGGAGGACUCUGACGCUGCACUGCUAAGGAUAUUUGAGUGCUUUCUCGAGGCAGCACCGCAGCAAGUUCUUCAGACAAGCUUACUGCUGCGGCAGUAUGACCACUUAGCAGUGCACCAGGUGCUGUCGAUAUGCUCGUCGGUGGUGGGCAUGGGGUGGUGCCUGGCGGCCUACCAGCGAGCGGUGCGCUUCGCCCAGCAGGACAAGGACAACAUGAGCUGGCCCGGAACUGUCCUGCAGACGGCCUGGCACUUUCUCGUUACAUUAAGUCGCGUGAUCUCCAUAUCAAUAAUCGCGCACCUGUACCCGCACUGGACCGUCGUCGCCUGCGCCGCCCACAUCCUGGUCAUGACGACGUGGCUGCAGUUCUUCGACCGGUCUCCGUUCUGCUCGCACAACAAGUUGGGUGAGGUGGCCUUCUCCUUCGCGCUCGGCUCUGUGUAUCUCUUCACGUACAUCCUGCCCGUGGAGGGCAAGACGAGGUAUCGUUACUCGGUAUACUAUUCACUGUGCUUCUUGCAAAAUUUGGCAUGUUCGGUCAUAUGGUACGUGUAUUCGGAUGAGGUGACCGGUGCAGCUGUUUACUUCUAUCCGGUCUUGGUGCUCAGUGUGGUCCCCUAUGUGAUGGGCAUAAUGUUCAUGAUCUUGUAUUAUGCAGUCUUUCAUCCGAAGACCAGUACGAUAUCAGAUGUGACCGUUGCAUUUAAAUCCGAUCGAGAGAUGGCUGAAAUUAGCUAACGAUAACUAAAUUGUUAUAUAAUUGAGCUGUGAGUAUUUUGUACUGUUAAGUAGAAUUUGGUGCAUUUUAUUAUUCUUAGGAGUAAGAAUUCAUGUGUUCUAACUGAUGCCAAUAAUUAUUUCAUGAAAAUUGUUGAACAAAUUUGUUAUUACUAAGUUCCCUUUCUGAUGUAUGUAGCUUAAUAGGAUAGGGAUAGCGCUCUAGCUUUUUAUCAGGUGUGCCCAGCGGAGUUGACUGAAUUUGCAGGUGUUCUCGCUUUAUAAGUAUCCCAUAAACAGUUUUGUGGAAUAAACUCCAAAACUUUUAUCUGAGCCUUUAAUGUGAAAUAGAAAUAAACGCAGAAGCCAUCCCUACCACGCAGUC